UAUUCCUCAAUGGCUCAUCUGACAAAGAGGCACAUGUGAGACACACAGAGUGUCUGCAUAUUGGUAGAUUUUUUCCCGAUCUGAUCUUGUCAGUAUGCUGGGGCUGCUGCUAAUUGCCUGCAUGCUGCUGCAGGCUGCAGACUCCAGAUGCCCAGAUGACCCAAUUUAUCUUGUGACAGUGGCCUCCCAGACAACAGGGGGCAGUACAGAGACAGUCUGUGCCCACAUUCUUCUUCAGAAGGGACCGCGCUCUUUUACACUUACCCUGGAAAUAGGUCCCAGUAAUAUCACUCUCUUGGAGGAAUUAGUUAUGACAGAGUUCCAUCGCUGUGUACAGUUCCAGGUUCCUUCUGUUGUCACUAAUACCGUGGCAACCAUUGAUGCCUCCCUCAAGGGGGGAAAAUCAUCUUUGAGCAAGAAGACCAAAAUCUGGAUCAAACCAAUCUCCUCUUUCACUUUCAUACAGACAGAUAAGCCCAUCUACAAACCAGGACAGACCAUCAAGUUCCGUAUUGUGUCCCUGGAUUCUAGCUUCUUGCCUCAUGAGGAAGUGUUCCAGGCUAUUGAGUUGCAGGACCCUAAGUCAAAUCGUAUUGCCCAGUGGUUGAACCAAUCAAUCACCACUGGAAUUCUGGACCUGUCCCACCCCACAACGCCUGAGGCCAAGCAUGGCAACUACACCAUCUCAGCCAGGACAAAGAGGGACGCUGUCACCACCCAGACCUUUGAGAUCUUAGAAUAUGUCCUGCCAAAGUUUGAGGUUGUCUUCCUCUUCCCUGAUGUCAUAUUUGUUCAAGACAAAACUGCAACAGUAAAGAUUUGUGGGAAGUACACCUAUGGGAAGCCUGUCCUGGGUUCUGUUGAGGCCAAAGCGUGCAUCGACUCUCACUUCAGCUGGGAUUUGGAUGUUUUUCAUUUUCAUCUUUGCUCGGAACCGUCUACUACGAGGACUGACAAGACCGGAUGUGCAACAAUCUUCAUCAAUACAACGGCCCUCUUUUUCCUCUCCUCACCUACUCAACAAAGCCUUACUGUGGAUGGCAAGAUAGAGGAAGAUGGAACAGGUAUUGUUUUGACAGGCUCUGGCAGUAAAAACAUAAUCAAAGGAGAAAAAAUUCAUAUUGAGUUUCGAGACACUCCGUCAUAUUUCAAGCCAGGAAUAAACUAUGAGGGAAAGAUCAUUGUGAAAGGUUCCGCUUCCUCGAUUGCCAACAAGCCCAUCUUCCUCCAUGGACCCAAGGAGGCUAAAUGGACAUUGACCACUGACAGUGAGGGUGUGGCCCACUUCUCACUGGACACAAGUUCUUGGUUGGCAGAGACUGCCUACCUAAUUGCGAGUUGUAAUGAAGAGUCAACAGAAAUACACAGCACGUGCUCAGCAAACCAUGAGGCCUCAAUAUUUUAUUCAAAGAGCAAGAGCUUCCUGGGUAUCAAGCAUGCAAACGAAUCACUUCCUUGUGAUCAGGACAACCAAGUCCUGGUGCGUUACAUCAUCCAAGGGGAGGAGCUUAAGGAGAAGAAGACUCUUGACUUUUCCUACUUGGUUUUGUCCAAAGGGAGCAUUGUGCAGCACGGGCGUUCUGAAGUGAUGCUGAAUGAAGGAGAAGUUAAGAGAGGGGAGUUUUCUUUCUCCCUGAAGCAGACAGGAGAUCUGGCCCCUUAUGCCCAGGUGGUGGUGUACACAGUGCUGCCUGAUGGAGAGGUUGUGGCAGACAGCUUCGACUUUCCCAUCCAGUUGUGCUUCAAGAACAAGGUGUCUCUCCAGUUCUCCUCCACCCAGGAGCUCCCUGGAGGGAAGGUGUUUUUGGAGCUGCAGGCCCAGCCGGGGUCACUGUGCUCCUUGAGGGCCAUCGACCAGAGUGUCCUUCUCAUGAGACCAGACAAGGAGCUGAGUGCACAGGAGAUCUUUGGGAAAUUGCCUGUCAAGAAGUUGCUUGGCUAUCCACAUAUUCUCCAGGACAGGGAUCCCCCUCCCUGCCUUUCCCUUACACCAGGACGCCCGUAUAUUUCCCUCCACCAACCAGACACCUACGGCAUCUUUGAGGCAGUUGGUGUUAAAGCCCUGACCAACUCAGGCAUGAAAACACCUGUUCCCUGCUUUUACAUGGAGAGGAUACCUAUGGGUGAAAAAGUAUUUGUGGACACACCGCAACACUUCAUACGAGUCCUUUCUGAUUCUCAAGACCCUUCAGUCGUCAAACCCAUGGCAACCAUUCGCACGUUCUUUCCUGAGACCUGGAUUUGGGACCUGGUACCAGUGGGAGAUUCAGGCAGAGUAAAAGUGGAGCAGACCAUCCCGGACACUAUUACCAAAUGGGCAGCAAGUGGAUUCUGCAGCUCUCCCGCAGGAUUCGGGCUGGCCACCAACACAAUCCUCACGGCCUUCCAGCCCUUCUUUGUGAGCCUGACGCUGCCAUACUCUGUCAUCCGUGAAGAGAUGUUCCCACUGAAGGCCACAGUCUUCAACUACCUCUCCAAGUGCAUCAUGGUGCAUGUCAGCCUGAGAGAGUCGGCACAGUUCACAAGCCAGCCGUGCGAUGGCUGCCAGUAUAAGCGAUGUCUCUGUGGUGAGGAGAGUGAGACCUUCACCUGGAUCAUCACCGCCACCACUUUGGGUCGGGUGAACAUUACAGUAAGUGCAGAGGCCCUGAACACUGAGGAGCUCUGUGGCAAUGAGGUGGUCACCGUGCCAGAGAGGGGACGAAUCGACACUGUUGUCCGUACACUGCUUGUGGAGCCUGAGGGCACUGAACAGACCAUCAGUCACAAUGCACUGCUGUGUCCUCAAGAGGGAGCUGUGGAGAAGGCUGUUUCUCUGGAGCUGCCAGAAGUUUUUGUGGAGGGUUCUGCCAAAGCCUUUCUUUCCGUCCUGGGCGAUCUGAUGGGCCGUGCCAUGAAGAAUCUGGACAGCCUGUUGGCUAUGCCAUAUGGCUGUGGAGAACAGAACAUGCUGCUUUUUGCCCCCAACAUCUAUAUCCUCAGGUACCUGGAGACCACAGAACAGCUGACAUCGAAGAUCAAGAACAAGGCCAUUACCUUCCUGGAGAGUGGAUAUCAGCGGGAGCUGAACUACAAGCAUAAUGAUGGCUCCUACAGUGCCUUUGGAGAGAGUGACUCUUCAGGGAACACCUGGCUCACUGCAUUUGUGAUGAAGUCUUUUGGAGGCGCAACGCGAUACAUCUUCAUUGACCCAGAAUACAUUACCAGUGCCAAGCUAUGGCUCAGCCAGCAGCAACAAGAAGAUGGCUGCAUAAUGUCUGUGGGGAAGCUCUUUCACAAUGGAAUGAAGGGUGGAGUAAGUGAUGAGGUGAUGUUGACGGCCUAUGUUACCGCAGCACUCCUUGAGCUGGGCACUAACAGCACUGAUCCCAUGGUGCACAGGAGCCUGUCAUGUCUGAGACUGGCCUCAGAUCAGAUCAACAGCACUUAUGCCACUGCCCUGCUCUCCUACACCUUCACCCUGGCCGGGGACAUUGAAAUGAGGACUCGUCUCAUUGGCCGUUUGGGCGAAGUGGCCAUUAUCACAGAACAAGGUCGUCACUGGGAGCGUGCUGGGGCUUCUGGAAAAGGCUCUCUAGCAGUGGAGAUGACCUCCUACGUGCUCCUAGCACUCCUCUCUGGGCCUCCCGUUGCUGACUUUGACUUGAGCUACUCCAGCUCUGUUGUUCGCUGGCUGGCAGACCAGCAGAACCCCUACGGCGGGUUCUCCUCCACACAGGAUACAGUGGUGGCCCUGCAGGCUCUGACGCUGUAUGCUGCUGCCACCUACAGUAAGGGAGGUGCCAGCACAGUGAUGGUGACCUCUACAGGUGGAUAUAAAAGGCAGUUCCGUGUGGAUGAGCACAAUAGACUGCUCUACCAGCAGGAGCAGCUGCAUGAGGUGCCUGGAGUCUACAGUAUUAAGGCUGAUGGCAAGGCUUGUGCAUUUGCUCAGAUCUCACUGCAGUACAAUAUCCCCCCUCCUCCAGACUUCUCCUCCUUCACCAUCAACGCCAGCGCAUCAGGGGUCUGCAACAGUGCAAAGAAAACAUCUCUUACAGUUGAUAUACUUGUCAGGUACAAUGGUGGGCGGGAGGAAACUAACAUGGUGAUCAUCAGCAUCCGUCUUCUGUCAGGAUUCCUCCUGGAUAAAAGCUCACUCACACAGCUGGAAGCUAGUCCCACUGUGAAGCGUGUUGAAGAGGAAGAAGGUCAUGUGAUCAUCUAUCUAGAUGAGCUGGAGAAGAUGGCACCCAUGAUGUACUCACUGACCAUAAACGAGGAUGUACCAGUGAGGAACCUGAAGCCUGCAGUGGUGAAGGUUUAUGACUACUAUGAUAAAAGUGAUGAAGCUGUGAGUGAGUACAGCUCCCCCUGUGCACAGGGUGAUGACUUAAACCAACUGUGAAAGGGGGACCAGCCACAUCUUUUUUGUCAGUACACUGGACAAUCUUCAGAUACAUUCUGUAUUUAAUACUCAUUGUUUUAAUUAGGUGAUAUGUAGUAUUGAAUUUUGAAUUAAAGUUUGAGGAAUGAUG